AUGGAGAACGCUCGACGCCCGACAUCUCGACCAAACAGUCCACCAUUACACCAUCUGUUAUCCAACCACCACCCAGAUGACCACUCAGUGUAUCACCACGAGGAUGGUGACGGGCUACAUGUCAGGGACGAUACGUCGUCGCUUCACAAAACCGAGACGCAGCGACGAGACGUAGAGAGUUCGUCCAGCGACGACGACGACGACGACGACAGCAGCGCAAGUAGCACGAAAGAGAAGGAAAACCAGGACGAGGCUGCGCAUGGCGAGGAGAAAACUUACGAGGAGAUUAGAGGAGGUAUACCGUAUGAGCAUGAUGUUGAAGCCGCGAAGCCAGAACUAGAGAAGAAGAAGAGCAGUCGAAGUAUCAAGGAUCCGAACCUUGUGACAUGGGACUCACCAGAUGACCCAGCGAAUCCCAAAAAUUGGUCCAUCAAGCGCAAGUGGGCGGCUACACUCAUCGUCUCCUGCUUCACACUCGUCUCGCCCAUCUCAUCGUCCAUGAUCUCGCCCGCUCUGGCCUCGAUCAGCAGAGACUUCAACAUCACAAACGAGGUUGAGGCGCAACUUACGCUCAGCAUCUUCGUCCUCGCGUACGCUAUCGGCCCCCUCUUCCUUGGGCCAUUGUCAGAGAUCUACGGCCGUGUCAUCGUCCUGCAGCUGUCGAACCUAUUCUACCUGGCCUGGAACCUAGGCUGUGGGUUCGCUCAAACCUCUGGCCAACUGAUGGCUUUCCGAUUCCUCAGUGGCCUCGGCGGUUCCGCGCCCCUGGCAAUCGGCGGCGGCGUCCUCAGUGACUGUUUCCACGCCGAACAGCGCGGAAAGGCAAUCUCCAUAUACUCCCUCGCGCCCCUUCUCGGGCCCGCCAUCGGCCCCAUCGCCGGCGGCUUCAUCAGCCAAAACACGACCUGGCGAUGGUGUUUCUACGCCACGACGAUUUUCACAGCCGUCGUGCAGUGUUUCGGCGUGUUCUUCCUGCAGGAAACUUAUGCGCCGAAACUGCUCGCCUGGAAGCGCGAUAAGCUCAUCAAAGAGUCGGGGAACAAGGAAUUGCACACUGAGUUCGAUAGUCCGGAUCGUACGCUGGCCACGACGCUGAAGAUUGCCAUGCAGAGACCGUUUGUUUUGCUCGGCACACAGCCGAUUCUGCAGGUGCUCGCGUGCUAUAUGGCGUACCUCUACGGGCUCAUGUACCUCAUGCUGUCCACAUUCCCGCGCCUCUGGACGGGGCAGUACCAUAUGAGCGCGGGCAUCGGGUCUCUCAAUUUCAUAUCCAUGGGCGUGGGCUUCUUCCUGGGCACGCAGAUCACGGCGCCGCUGAACGAUAUGCUGUACCGCCGGCUCAAGAAACAGAAUCACGGCGUAGGCAAGCCGGAGUUUAGGGUCCCGAUUAUGGUGCCUGCGAGCUUGUUGGUGCCGGUGGGGUUGUUUUGGUAUGGCUGGAGUGCGCAGGCGAAUGUGCAUUGGAUAAUGCCCAACAUCGGUGCUGCGCUGUUCUGCGGCGGAGUCAUCAUUGGUUUCCAGUGUAUUCAGACAUACCUCGUCGACAGCUAUACGCGGUACGCCGCCAGUGCUAUCGCAGCAGCGACGGUGCUGAGGUCGCUCGCUGGCUUUGGGUUUCCGCUGUUUGCGCCGGCGAUGUACAACGCGCUCGACUUUGGAUGGGGGAAUAGUUUGCUGGGGUUUGUUGCGUUGGCAUUGGGCGUGCCGGCGCCGUUUAUGCUGUGGAAGUUUGGGGAGGGGUUGCGGGCUAAGAGUCAGUUUGCUGCUGGCUAA